AUGAGUAAAGUUGAUGAUGGUACCAAUGGUAGUAAACUUAAAAGUGGCAACAACAACAUCAACAAAGUUACGACAAACAUAACAAAAGUAACUUGCGUUAACCUUAGCAAAAGUUUCAGCAACAACAACAACAGUAAUAAUAAUAAAAAUAAUAAUAAUAUGAAUAAUAAUAAUAAUAAUAUCAACAACAACAAAAACAUCGUCGAAAUCGCGAUGAAAUGGAAAAAUAAAACCGUCAAGAGUGCCAAUUGUAAACAACAUCAACAACAAACUCAUCAGCAACUGCAGCAACAGCGGUUGCUUCCUCAACAGCAGCAGCCACAACAGCAACAGCUACAUUUAAAUCUAGCAGCAUCAAAGCAGCAGCAACAACAUCAACAAUCUAAACAUACAGGACAACAACAUCAACAAAAAUGUGGGGAAAACAAUUUAGAUAAAACCCCCGUGAGUUAUAGCGAUGUUGAUGUUGUUAAACCUCUCAACAACAAUGACGUCAUCAACAACAACAAUGAAGUCAUCGACAACAACACCAACAACAACAACAUCAACAACAACAGCAACAUCAACAUAAACAACAUGCGUAAUAAGAACCAGGACAGCUUAAUUGCUUGCGAUAUAAAUAAUCCAUCAAUUAUCAUCAACAAUAUAAACAACCGCGUAGCUAUAAAUAACUCUGAUGACAUCAUCAACAACAACAUCAGCAACAACAUCAACAACAACACCAGCAACAGCAACUGCAAUCAUGAUAUUUACGACGGUAUGGAUAACAUAUACUACCACUUUGAAAACAUCAUCAACCACAACAGCAACGGCAGCAACUUCCACGACGACAACGACGACGACUACGGCGACAACUACAACUUCGUCUCCAACUUUCACCACAACGACGAUGACAAAUUCAAUGCCGAAAACGACAUGCGACGACUUUUUGAGUGGCUAAAACUGGAAAACACGGAGCUGAACACACGUUGCGCCCAACUCUCGCGAGAAAACAACUCGCUGACUGAGUUGCUGAAACUCCAAAGAGAGGAAGCCUCUCGAACGAUGUCUGCCAAUCACAGCAGAGAAGUGGCCGACAGAUCGGAAAUCAACAAAUUGAAAGAUGAGAAAGAGCGAUUGGUGGCCAUCUUACAGCUGCCGGAAAGCGACCGCAUGAGCUUCAACUGCAUGCAAGAAGAGAUCGAAGCUUUGAAGAUAAAACUGGACGAGACGGUAUCUCACUUACUGGAGAAGACACGUCAGAACGAAGAAUUGAAACGCGAACUCACCGAUGCCCGACUCGAAACUGACGAGUUGUCCGACCGAUUCAACAGUGAGGAAAACCGACAUCUUAGACGAUUGACAGCCGAAAUGGAUGCUUACAUCAGACAAUGUCGGGUUCUCAACUUCCGGUGUAGACAGGUGGAGCGGAAGUGUGAGUUUUAUCGGAUUAAAAUCGAAGAAUUUGAAAGAAAGGAAACGGAAAAGGAUGAGAAAUAUUUGAAAGAAGCGAAAAAAGAUAACAAAUAUAAAACAGGUAACAUAAAAAAUCUAAAUUGCCGAGAAAAUGACGAUGAAACUAAAGAUUGCAAGAGUAACUCUGCUUCAAAGUAUUUGACGGAUCAAGAAAAAAGCUACAAAUAUCUAGAGGAAAAGGAAGAAGAUUGUAAAUAUUACAACGACAGCAAGAGUAAAGAUCAUAAAUAUAAAAAUGAUGAAAUCAACAACAUCAACAACAACAACGACGACAGCGAUGAUGUGAGUAGCAAUGAUAAGAAUGGUGAUGGUGAUGGUCAGAUGGUGAAGCAGAGGAGAAAUAAAGAAAUGAAUGAUAUAUUCUAUGCCAUCACAAACGACGAUGACGAUGAUAACAUUAACAACAACAACAACAACAACAACAACAACACGGAUAUGAGCAAUACUGAUGACGAUGCAGAUAGGCCACUUAACCAUCAUUGCCAACAACAACAGCAACAACAACAACAAUUGUUAUCUCCAGCUUUAGAACCUUCAUCGCCAUCAGCCAUCGUCACAAACAGCACUACGUCGUCAUCAUCACCGCCAUUGACAAAAAAAUCAUUCUCACAUACGGCAGCAACGGCAGCGGCCACUUGCACCACAACGACUACAACGACAAAUUCCGCCAUCUUGGUCCACAGACCGGAAAUGCGCUCCAAAAAAGCUGAAGCGGAAAUGGCUCGCAGACACAAACAGGAAAUGGAGGCCAUCUUGAUGACGCUGAGAAGGAGGGAGAGACAGUUUUCUGAAGAGAGAAAAAUUUUGAACAGAAAAAAUUAUGAACUCUCUGAAAUGUUUGAACUUUUGGUGCAAAGGCUUUCAAAUAACAACAACAACAACAAUAAUAAUAAUAAUAAUAAUAAUGAUAAUGAUAAUAAUGAUAAUGUUGUCGAAAAUUCCGCGCAAACCGAAGUCUCCUGGAAGACUUUUGAGGAUCGCAUGCUCGCCAUGCAAAAUGAACUGACGCAAAAGACAGCUGAAAUCUUGAGACUGCACUCAACAGCUGCCAACCUCCAGCAACAACUCACCGACCAAUCAGAAAAGCAUCAACAAAACAUGGCCGACUUCCGGCAGAAUUUAGACCGGAAGUGCAAAACAAUCGACCGGAAGGAACAACUCAUUUCCGUUAUUACGUCAUCGCUGGAGAAAGCGGAAAAGGAAGUAGAGGACAGAAACAAGAGAUUGAUGACGUCAGAAGAAGAGAUUAAAAGGAUGAAAAAGGAGGUUGAUGGAAAGAACGACUUGCUGAAAAUAUUAGAAAAAGAAGGAGAGAAACUGAAAACUGAUGUUGAAAAGUUGAAGGGUGAGGUCGAACAUGUCGGCGAUACGUAUCAACAAUUGCUCACAAAGUACACGCAGUUGAAGCAACAAAAAAAACCGCCCCAAUCGCAGCCACAACAGCCACAACAGCCACAGCUUCUACGACCACAACAUCAUAAACAACAACAACAAAAUAGUAUACAAACACAGCAACAAUCAUCAACUUCUUUUACAUCAUCAUCGUCGUCGUCGUCGUCAUCAUUCAAUUCAUCGUUGCAGAUUGUCAGACUGAGGGAGAAGCAAGCGAUCAAUGUUAAUUGCAAUACGACAGAAAUCACAGUUAAGAGAAGAUCGAGGUCACUCUCUGAACUGUACACCCAACGGUUGAGUCUAUUCGAUUCGACCUACAGCCUUGUGACAUUAAAACCCAUUAAUAAUAAUAAUAACAAUAAUAAUAAUAAGGAUUUUAAUAAGGAUUUGAGUCAGAGAUGUGACGAUUUUGAUGAGUUUAGUCGGUAUGAUUCGGUUAAAAAAAAGAUGUCGCUAACAGUUUUCAAAAUUAUGUCUUGCAACAGAAAUUGUUGCAAGAAAGAUUACGUCUCUUGCAGCAUCAACAUCAACAACAUCAACUGCAACAACAACAUCAACUGCAACAACAUCAACAGCAACAUCUGCCUGGCCUACUCCAUUGCAACACUCUACCUCCGGUGCAACUGCAUUCGCAUCCAGUAG